CAUAAUUAAACACAAAUACAUCUGGACAUUUACGCAGAAUUUUAUAUACAUAAUACGAUUAAAAUGGCGGGGAAAACAUUGUACUUACUCUCAGCACUUGCAAUUAUAACAGGAAGUGAAUCAGUACACAUAAAUGUUAUAGAACUGAAUGAAACAUAUAAAACAAUAUAUUGCACUAUGCCUCAAAUUGUCCAAGUGUUAAACGUCACGUAUACAACAUGCACAAUUUUUUGGAAUAAACCUAUUGGUGGUGACGAAUCUGUAAGUUAUGAUAUAUAUCCAAGUAAAGAUGUAGAGAAUCUGACUACUUUCUCUUAUACAACUUCUCUUAAGGAAAUACCUUUUUCAAUUCCGAAUCUUGAACCUGGCUCUAAAUAUAAAAUCACCGUGAUAUCUAAAAUUUACAACCAAAUCCUUACUCAAAACUCUACGUAUUGCAUCACUAGAUCUAACAUAGAAUCUUCAGUCGAUUUGAUAAAUGUCACGAAUACAGCAUGUAAAAUUUAUGUGAAAACUUCUAUUGAUGAUAAUCAAUCCGUGAGAUAUUACAUAAAUCUAAAUAGUACUUUAAUGUAUACUGUUUAUAUUACGGGGAAAAUUUCUUUUUCGGAAUCAAUUUUUACUUUCAAAGACCUUGAAUCUGGAGAUAUUUAUGAAAUAUCAGUGCAACCUGAAAUUGACAAUUGGAAUACAACUGCAGUUUCAACGAAGUGCAUCACUAAGUCUCAAUUGGAUCUACUUAGGUUGAUAGGCGUUACGAAUUCAUCAUGCACAGUUGCAUGGACAAAACCAGCGAAUGAUCAGAGUUCGAUAUUAUAUUUUAUAGUACCAAGUGCACAAGAUUGGCAGGGCACUGAAAUCUAUUUUGAAGAUUCCAAAACUAAAUUAUUUUAUGCUGUCAAAAAUCUAAAUUCUAAAGUCAGCUAUAAAAUAAUUAUAGCGAAAACCUAUAAAUGAUAAUCGUACCGUAAUAUAUUAUGUAUCUGUAAAAGAUGAUAAAUUUCAAUACCCUAUUAACUAUUAUGAAACUUCUGAGUCGGAUGUACCUUUCACGAUUUAUUAUUUAUCACCUGGAUUCACGUAUGAUCUUUCAGUGCAAGCUAAAAUUGAUAAUCAGUUUACUAUUCCAAUUUCAACGAAGUGCAUCACAUUGUGAUGAAACAGUAAAAAUAUGUUUAUCUAUUUAAUAAAAGUUGUCAACUCAAUUCUGUCUGACUUAUUGAUUAAUACCAAGAAUUAUUGAUCUAUAUCUAAUGCGAUUGUGACAUUAAUAACUAUCAUGAUUAAAUAAAUGUAUAUAAUUAUUUA